GCGCCUGGGAGGGACACUGUUGACGUUAAGGAGGGAUGGGGCGGCUUUAAGAAAUGUCUUUUGAGGGUGUUGCUCCGGGUUAAAGCGACGUCAAAGGAGAAUGUGUUGCAUUUGACACUGUGUGAGCGAGUUACACAGAGAAAUCCCGAGCUAAGGGGUGGUUCUCUAAUGUGUCAGCUCUUAUGGAAGGUCUAGAAAGUGCCUAACAAACUGCUGCCUUUAGCAUUCUGUACUGAAUCUUUACCAGCACCACCACAGCAGCUCGACUCCAAACAGGACAAAGCCCAAAGCAUACCGUGUCCGAUUGGCUUUGAAGACGGUGCAAAGAGGCGACACCUUUCAGGUCUAGAGACAAAACAAGGAUACUGGGCAUUACCACUCGGUGUUCUUUUAUGUAAAGGCGAGGUGAAGAUAUUUGGUUGGCGAUGGGGAAUCAGCUGUCUGAGCUGACGCCUAACGGAACCUUCUUGCCUCCCUUCCAGUCCCUGCAUGUUGUGGUGAUUGGCUUGGAUUCAGCUGGAAAGACCACUUUGUUGUAUAGACUGAAGUUAAGGGAGUUUGUCAACACCAUUCCGACAAAAGGCUUCAACACUGAAAAAAUCAAAGUGCUGGUUGGGAACUCCAGGGCCAUCACUUUCCAGGUCUGGGAUGUUGGUGGCCAGGAGAAACUGAGGCCUCUGUGGAAGUCCUACACCAGACGUACUGAUGGCAUUGUCUUUGUGAUUGAUUCGUCUGAGACUGAGAGGAUGGAGGAGGCCAAGGCUGAACUUCAUAAAAUUUCCAAGAGCUCAGAAAAUCAAGGAGUGCCAGUAUUAAUCUUUGCCAACAAGCAAGAUCUGGUGGGGGCGCUGUCUGUAUCUGAGGUGGAGAAAUCCCUCAGCUUGAAUGAGCUGGGUGCAUCCACUCUGCACCACAUUCAGAGUUCCAGUGCAGUGAACGGCCAGGGCCUGCAACAAGGUCUGGAGAGGUUGUACGAAAUGAUUAUUAAACGGAAGAAGAUGAUCAGGCAUCAGAAGAGAAAGAGAUGAACCGUGGACCUUAUCCCAUAAUCAGCUAAGAUGGAUUUGAAUAGCUCAUCAAUGGAGUCUCCUAAAAGGAGCAACUCAAUGGUCAGAAGCACACAACUUGCCAAAAAUAUAAGUUCCAAGUUUUUUUUGGGCUGAUCCAAAUUUGACUUUUUUUUUCCUCCAGACGCAUUGUAGCAUAUACAACAGCAAUGACCGACACCAACCCUGCAACCUAACUGUUUAUUUAAAUAAAAGGAUCAAAAUAAAACAGGGACAAGUAGGUCACUUGUAGAUGUUUGGUGAGGAGUUGAACUGAUUACAAGCCAGCCCCAACCAGAGACCGACUGAUGUUUUACUGGAAAUAUGAAAACUGUUUGGGGAUUAAUGCUUACAAUUAUGAUGCUCAGCCUUCUGGAGAGUAUACAUUCUGAUUUUGCAUUUACGAAUAAAUUCCUGUAAUGAUUUGGUUGUACCCAGAUAGCCCCUUCAUAUGUAAAUUGAUGGAUGAUUGCUGAAAAUUGCCUGGAAAGUUAAAUUAAGUGAUAGAGAACUGAAAUAUUGUUCUCUCUCUCACUCUCUCUUUCUUGCUUCUCUCUAUCUCAAAGUUCUUAGUUUCAUAACUCCAGAAGACUGGAACAUGGUGAAUUGUUCUUGCAAUUCACUGAUAUUGUUCUGACGCCACUGUAUAAAGUGUUUAAAACUUGUGUAGCUUUUUGUAGAUGGAUGAUGUGCAAGUCAAGGACAUGAUUGUCCGAAGUUACAAAAGAUGUUUAGUUCUGCAAGUGUUUGCAAAAAUAACAAAUGGACUGAGGGAAGCACUUUGUACUUUUUUGUUUUGGUCUGAAAAUAUCAUUCAGCUACACACCCCAGUAAAUGGGAGUACUGAAAGCAGUAUUGGAGUGCAGUAAUGCUUCUACAUUCUGAGAUGUGAAGCAGUUUCAGCCUGACCCCCAAAUCUAAUAAAUCCCAAUGAUGUGAGGUCUCUCCUAGAAGGUUUCUUCACGUCUUCUUGAAGUUAGCUUUAGCUGCAAUGAAACUGUUGCUCAGUCUGAAGCUGCACUUUCAAGGUGCCAAGGCAGAGAGAAAUGUUCUUGAGGUUAAGAUUGUGAAUGGGAGCUGCCUUCACACUUUCUCUUACCAGAGUUCUACAUGUGUCCAAAUAUGUGCAACAAAUUCUAUUUGUGGCUUUCCUUACUGUAAUCUGGUUGGCAGCUAGCAGUAAAACUAGUUUAGUGAUGGGUCUGUUACUUGAUAACUAGCUUGAAACCAAUAGCUGCAGUCGAACUGUAGCCUUUGAUAUGAAGCACACAUGAGCCAAUGUGCUUUUAAUGCAAAAGAAGAUUCCAAUGUCACAUCUUUCAUUUGAAAUCAUUUGAAUUAUCAAUGUUAAGAGUUUCACUCAGGCUUUCAUACUGAAAAAUUGGACCUUGCGGAAAUAUUUAAGCUGUGAAACAAAAUGGUGAUUUGUACAUAUCUUUUUUGUACUUUGAUAGUUUUUUUUUAAUAAAGAGUUGUCUUUGGUGUUAAAAUGAAA